AUGGCAGGGAAGCCCCUCAAGAAGUCUUCCAUUCCUGGGGUGAGCAUCCGGCAGCUGGUGGAAGAGAUCCCUGAAGGAUGCAGCACGCCAGACUUUGAGCAGAAACCCGUCCCUUUGGCUCUGCAGGAGGGGAAAAAUGCCAUCUUUCGGGCUGUGGUCUGUGGGAAGCCCAGACCUGAGGUACAUUGGCAAUGCACCAAAGGUGACCUUGAUGAUCCCAGCAAGUAUCAGAUCUUUUCUGCCCCUGGCAGCAAGGAGCAUGUGCUGCAGAUCAACAAGCUGACGGGUGAGGAUACAGACCUGUAUCGCUGCACAGCAGUGAAUAUGUAUGGAGAGGCCACCUGCUCCGCAAAGCUCACCGUCAUUGAAGUUGGCUUUCGGAAGAGUCGGAAGAGGCAAAAAGAGCCCCCAGAAGACCUCACAAAGGAGCUGACAGACUUCCGGAAGAUGUUGAAAAAGAGGGUCCCUGCCCCAGCCCCAGAGAAAAAGAUAGACCUUGAGCAGGUGUGGCAGCUGCUGAUGACUGCAGACCGGAAGGACUAUGAGAGGAUCUGCAUGAAGUAUGGCAUCGUGGACUACCGGGGGAUGCUACACAAGCUGCAAGAGAUGCGGAAGGAGCGUGAGGACAAGAUGGCGCAGUACAUCAACGCCAUCUCCAACUUGAGACACGUCAAGGUCACCAAGGAGGGGGUCGCAACAUUUGACCUGGAGCUGGAUCUCAAGAAUUCUGAGAGCAAGAUUUACUUGUAUAAGGAUGGCGAGAUGAUCCCCUUUGGCUUUGACAACCAGACCAAGCACUGUCUGCGACGGCUGGGGAAACGUUACCACUUCCAGAUCCAGGACCUGCAGCCAGAGGACGCUGGCAUUUACCAGGUCAGGGUGGAGGAUGUUGAAGUCUUCUCCACAGAGCUGGAGGCUGGUGCCAUCCCCCCCAGGGUAGUGGUCCCACUGGCUGAGGUCCGCUGUGCGCCUCAGGGCAAUGCUGUCUUUGAGUGCACUCUCUCCAGCCCCUGCCCCAAUGUCACCUGGCAUUUCCAGCAUCGGCCACUCCGGCACAGUGACAAAUAUGAAGUGUCUGUGUCCCCUGACGGGCUGACCCACCGGCUGAAGGUGAAGGGGGCCCGUUUCUCAGACAUGGGUCUCUAUUCCCUGGGCACCGGGCUCCACGUUUCCAGCGCCUGGCUGGUGGUUGAAGCUGAGAAAGAUAAAAGCCUUCUGACCACCAGUGAUGACCACCAGCUGCAGAGCAGGAGAGGUGACACAAUGGGAAGGGCAGACAUCUAUGGCAAGGAGAAGGAUGCCCGCCAGAGUCCCAGACCUGGAUACAAGCCUGGCACUGGCAGUUUCUCCAAGGAGGCCCGAGGAUCCACAGGCCACUUCUCUCAGGGCCUAACUGACACAGAAGCCCAGCAAGGGGAGGCCACUAUGCUCUCCUGCACCCUCACCAGAGACCUGGGACCUGGAGCCUGGUUUAAGGAUGGAGUCAAGCUCACUGCCCAGGAUGGAGUCAUCUUUGAGCAAGAUGGUCUUGUGCACAGACUUCUCAUCGCCCAUGUGCAGGGGACCCAGGCCGGAAAAUACACUUUUGUAGUGGGAAACCAGCAGAGCGAGGCCACCCUAACUGUCCAGGAACCCCCUACCAUUGCUCCAAACAUGACAGAGAAGCUGAGAGAGCCAAUGGUGGUCAAGGCUGGGAAGUUGGUGUCAGUGAAGAUCCCUUUCAAAAGCCGCCUCCCAGUUCAAGCUGCCUGGAGGAAGGAUGGUGCUGAGAUGUUGGAUAACAGCAGCAGGGGGACCCAUGUGGCCCUGGGGGAUGACUUCACCCGGCUGUGCAUCCCCAAUGCCAGCAGGAAAGACAAUGGCCAAUACAGCGUGACACUGAGGAGCGAGGGAGGCUCUGUGCAGGCCGAGCUCACCCUGCAAGUCAUAGACAAGCCCAAGCCCCCACAGGGCCCCCUGGAGGUGCAGGAUGGCCAUGGGACUGGUGUCUGCCUCCGCUGGCGGCCCCCACAGGACGACGGGGGUCGAGCUGUGCAGCACUACUUGGUGGAGAGGCAGCAGGCUGGCAGGAGCACUUGGCUGAAGGUGGGCGAGGCCCCGGCAGACAGCACCACCUUCACUGACACCCAUGUGGAGCAGGGCAAGAAGUACACCUUCCGCGUGCAGGCUGUGACCUCUGAGGGGACUGGGGAAGCCUUGCAGUCUGAGGAGGUGCUCGUGGCUCCUGAGGCUCUCCCAGGGCCCCCUUCUACCCCAGCCAUCCUGUCAGCCUCCAGCAAAGGCAUCACACUGACGUGGACAGCGCCUCGGGGCCCUGGCAGUGCCCACCUUCUGGGCUACCUGAUUGAGAAGCGCAGGAAGGGGAGCAACAUCUGGACUACAGUAAAUGACCAUCCCGUGCCUGAGAGGAAGUGGACAGUGGUGGACGUGCGGCAGGGCUGUCAGUACGAGUUCCGGGUCACGGCCGUGGCUCCCUCUGGUCCUGGAGAGCCUGGGCCCCCAUCAGAUGCCAUCUUUGCUCGAGACCCCAUGAGACCUCCUGGGCCUGUGCAGGAUCUCCAAGUGACAGAGACGUCAUACACCAGCUUUACCCUGAGCUGGGCCCGGCCGGACACCCAGGAUGGGGAUGAAGCCCUGGGGUAUGUGGUGGAGCUGUGUGGCUCAGACAGUCUCCAAUGGAGCCCAUGCCAUGUGGGCACUGUAGCAGCUACCACCUACACAGUCAAGGGGCUUCGGCCCCAAGAGGGCUACUUCGUGCGGGUGACAGCUGUUAACAACGGGGGACAUGGUCAGCCCACUGCCCUGGACACGUUAGUGCAAGCCAUGCCUGUUUCUGUCUGUCCCAAGUUUCUCAUGGACUCCAGCACAAAGGACUCACUGACAGUCAGGAUUGGGGACAUGGUUCGUGUGCCUGUCUCCUUUGAGGCUGCCCCGAAGCUUGAGGUGACCUGGCUGAAGGAUGGCUUACCCUUGCCCCAAAGAAGUGUGACCACCACCAAGGACGGCCUCACCCAGCUUCUGAUUCCUAUGGCCAGACUCUCAGACAGCGGCUUCUAUACCAUAGUACUGAGGAACCUGCAGGGGAAGGAAGCCACUUAUAACUUCCUCAUUAGGGUGGCAGCAUGCCCACGGGCGCCAGGGCCCAUCCACCUGCAGGAAAACGUGCUUGGGACGGUGACAGUCGAGUGGGAACCCUCACCAGAUGAGGCUGAGACCAGAGGUGAUCCACUGCACUACUCAGUGUUCAUGCGCUCCUCAGCGCACGGCUCCUGGCAGGAGGUGGCCAACCGUGUCCACACAAACCACUUUACCCUCCUGAGUGUCCUCCCUGGCCAUGAGUACCACUUCCGGGUGGUGGCCAAGAAUGAGCUGGGGAGCAGCAAACCCUCAGAUACCAGCCAGCCUUGGUACAUCCCCCGGCAGCGAGGCAAGUUUACCGUGAAGGUGCCAAGCUACCAGGAGCCCAACCUGAACCAGAAGCCCCGGUUCCUGGUAGGCCUUCGGGCUCAUCUGCUGCCACAAGGCUGUGAGUGCCGUAUGAGCUGUGCCGUGCAGGGCGUGCCCAGACCUCAUGUCACCUGGUUCAAGAAUGGCCAGAGCCUGGAAGGAAACUCUGUGGUCUACAGCACCAAUAUGUUGGGCGUGUGCUCCCUCAUCAUCCCCAACGUGUCCCUGAAAGACAGUGGCCAGUACAAGGCUGUGGCUGAGAACACACUGGGCCAGGCUGUCAGCACAGCCACUCUCAUGGUCAUAGGAGCUCUGCGCACUCCCCUCAUUGGUUGCACACUGGAGCCCCAGGCCACAGGGGCCAGCUACUCCUGGCUGACCUACUGUUGCUUCUGGCAUUGGCCUGCCAUGCAGCUGCAGGCUCACCUGCUCACGGUGCAGCUUGAGGCGCUACGGAUGCUGAGGGCCUCAAUGCAGAGGCUGUCAGAAGGUCUGGCCAAGCUCAGCAAGCAGUAG